AUGGGGCAUUCGGAUGCUGGUGAAGAAGCCCAUUGGCCUCCAUUCUUACAAAAACUUGUAUUGACAUAUGAACAAACGGCGGAACCAGAUACCAAAUUAAAACUAAAAGCAUUUAUUUAUGGUGUAUUCACACAUCAAAUAGCAGACAUCAAUUGGCAUUCACUGCAUAAAUCUCAAGGGCUGCUCCAAUAUUUGGCACAUAUCGAUUUCAAUGGAAACGUGAGCCAAGCGCACUCAUUUCUAGAUACUGGAGCAGAUUUUCUCGUGCUAUCGCACCAAUUUGAGAACCUUCAACCCAAUCAAAGAAUCAGUCUUCUGGAAUACUAUUCCACUCCUUGGGAUAUUCCCACAAAAGGGCUGGUCGAAACGUACGGGAAGUUGGGGUUUGAAGUUUCUCAAAACGAAAUUGAGUUUUGCAUGAUGAGAGGAUACGCAGCAUUACAGGGUGAAUUGGGAACAUUUAAAUCUUUCACUCCAGCGGUACGAUAUAGAUCUCCCCUUCUCAAUGAAGUUCUGGAUGACUAUUACUUUGGAGGCCUGAAUGAUAUAGUUUAUACCAUCAGCUGUUGCUUGGAGGGCCUUACGGGACUAUUUGACGGCAUAUUGCUGAACGAUCCCUGGCAUAUUUGUCCUAUCUUUCAAUCAGGUCUCAAUGAUGGUUUCCUCUCAAAGAGCUAUGGAAGAAAAUCAAAUGACCGGCAAAUAGGCAUGCGACGUAAAAGCGAAGGCGCUUUGCGUAUCUGGAGUAACAAUGUGAAUUCCAAAUUUGGUACCAGCUUGUUGUUUCAUGUGACAGCUUACGGAUGCGCUCAACUACUUAUUGGAGCAGAGUACGAUGAAGGACAAGGCUAUGUAUACGUCUUGCCGCUAAAAGAAUUGUUCGCAGGGGAAGGGCAUGUUAUAAGCACGAAGCUAUACAAGGAAACCGAAGAGCUAUCAUUUGCUCCAAGGUUCGGGCAUGGAAUGGCAAUAUGGAAUACACCACACCACUCAUUUCUAGUCAUUUCGGAACCAGGACUAUCCCAUCUAAAUGUAUUUUUGGAGUCGAGACUUGUGGCUGUAAUUCUUGAUGAGAAGGCCAAAACACGGUUAGGCAGUGGAGGCCCCAAACUAAUGGGACUGACACUUGUGGUAACCGAUGUGAAUGAAGAUGGAAUUGAUGAUCUUAUAGUGGGAUCUUGUCACUAUGACACUUUGGACGCCGUUCAAAGGGGUAUAGUGAAAAUACUGAGUGGAGCUCAUUUUGUAAAGUUGAUUGAAGAAUACAUCGGCUCUGCUUCGGGAUCAUACGGUGUUCCACUACUUAUAAACGAUGAUGAAAUGGAGAUCAACUGUCUCACCAUUCCUCACCAGUUGCAGCGAGAUUCUGGAUAUGAUGAGUUCGCAACCUCAGUUGCAUUUUCACAAGACAAAUUGUUCAUUGGCUCAGCAGGAAGCGGAUUGCUUGCUAUAUUCAAUAAAUCAGGAGAGUUCCUAUAUGGCACGAAUUCCGACUUACAUGACGGAGCUAUCAGAAGCACAUCUUCUCAAUCUACUGGACUGUACGGAUUUCAUAAAAUCAUCACUGGAAGCUGGAACAAAAUAACAUGGAUCAUGGUUUUUGCCAACUCCGAAACCGUUGACAACUGUCUGCUGUGUGGAGCAGCAUACCUAUACCUGGAUCUUCAAAGGCUGGAAUUGGUAGCAAAGAUCAGACCUGAGAAAGGACAUCAAUUGUUUUUUGGCGUCAAUGCCCUGGCACAAGGAAAUGAGGUAUACAUAGUUGCCGAAGGUUAUCUCGACGGCGCUGGUGCUAUUUACAAACUAAAUGUGGAAAAGAUCUUGGACGCUAAUGCGAACUUGAAAAUCCAGCAAGAAAUUUUGCUAGGUGAAGAAAACACUGGGUUUGGCGGUAUUAUAUACCAAGGUGCUCUUGGGGAAGGGUAUUCGGGAUUUGGGAGGUCACUAGAGGUUUUCGAGUUUCAACAAGAGCUAUAUAUUGCAGUGGGACGUCCAUUCUAUGGUUAUGGGUCACCAAACAGCUUGACGGGAGCUGUUGAUAUUUGUAAAUUGAACAGUUGA